UGUAGUUUCAGAACAUGAAUCCCACCCAGCGACUCGGGCGUCCACUCACCUACUCGUCCUCGACCGGGCGCCAUGGCGACGCGCUGGGUCUUGCGAUGUUGGGUCCUUCAGCUGUUCUAUGGCCGUCCUCGGGCCGAGCUCAACCUGAACAUGAACGCUUUCUGCCAACAGACACCGUUGCCACUCAUUUGCCCCUCCAGCGGCCCGCAAUAUUCUGCAGCUGGUGCCUGUGCGCAAAAUCCUGACAGCUGCUGCAAGCAGUCCAGCUGUAUCGCAUUUGGCACCAUGCCAUUACCAAUGAUCGGUGGAUGUAGGCCCGACCGGGGCCCGACCCGCUGUGCGGACAUGACCACCCCCUUCGGGGGGAUGGGGGUGUGCCAAUGCGCUCAAGGCAUUUGCGCCAGCAAUGGGGUUUGCAUGGACAACAGCUUUUUGGGUCUUGGAGGACUCAUGGGGGCAAACAAGAACUUCGAUGAGUCUCAACAGCUACAAGCUCCACCACCUGGAGGGUAUCAACCGGCGAUGUAUCCGAGCUCCGGAACGCCCAUGCCGAUGCAGAUGCCUUUCUUUGGGCGCCUUUACCAGGCGUCAGAGCAUGUGGUGCCACCCGAGGACCAUUCACCGGUCCUGCUAGGCCUUGGGUCCUUCGCGUGCGCAUUCCUCGCACUCGUGGGUUUGAUGACCCGGCGGUGUGGGUUUCGCCAGGCUUCACACCACUAUCGCGUUUUGAGCUCAGAAGCUGUCGAUGAGGAGAACUCGGACUCUGGAGACCGGGAACCACACGUCCACUUUUGGCAUGCGGCGACCACCGACCGGCGACAGAAAAUAAGAAAUGAAACGCCACCAGAUUGAUGAAAGCUACCAAGGUUGAUAAUUACUUCCUUGUGGCAUUCUCAAGCACACCAGAAUCUAGAUGCUAAACAUGAGGAUUCCAUGAAAUCGACGGGGUCGGUCAUGGUCGGUCGCUGGAUUUCCCUCAAAUCUUUUUGCGGAAUCCUCUUCCCUGCGCGACCACAGUUCACGCAUGAUCACGCCUCAGAAACUUCCAUGUGUUUAUCUACAUGUGUUUACAGUGCUCAACGGGCGGUUGUUUUACCUCCUUUUCUUGAAACAUCGUAUUCACAUUUAUUCACAGUCUUGUUCAGAUGUGCUUUACGGGUCGUCGUCUCCUCCACAUUCACAGGACGUGGCCCUGUCAGAUUCGUAGCCGCGUAGUCCAGCAAAAGCCUGGCUGUGGAGGCCAUUCCCAAGAUGGGAACUGCCUGACAUCCGUCGGCCGCUCUGCAUGC